AUGGAUCCCCAAAUCGAAGAACUGCUAAGCCUGGAGGCCGUUCGCUCCAGAGCCCAUAUCGUGCUAAAAUUGGCCGAACAAGGCAGUUUGAACCAUUUCAAUUAUCACAGCGAGCGGAUGGACCAGACCACCGACUACGUACUAAAGCUCAUCCAGCGCGAUUUCGGCCCUGACAAGUACCAUCUAAUCCCACCCCAUGGGCGUUGGCAGCAUUUCGAAGUCGGCGGGGUUCCCCGCAUAGACACUCUACUGGCUGAAUGGGAGGGGCAGGGAUGCGACACCACCGAGAAAGCCCGGAGACUGGUUGAUCUCUUCUUUGUUUCUGUUCUCCUUGAUGCCGGUGCUGGAGAUCACUGGCGUUUCCAGGAGUCGCAGACUGGCCAGACUCUUACGAGGAGUGAGGGUAUUGCCGUGGCGGCGUUGCAUAUGUUCCUCAACGGGGCUUUUGCUGAUAAGGAUUCCGAUGUUAAGCAUACUGUUCAUGGUGAUGCGCUGCGGAAUAUUAAUGUCGAUACCUUGUCCCGUGGAUUGCAGGUGACCGAGUCCAACCCUAUGAUAGGGGUUCCUGCACGAACUGAUAUUAUUCGUAAACUUGGGGAAUCCCUUCUCAAUGUGAAAGAUGUCUUUGGGCCUUCCGGUCGUCCUGGUAAUCUAGUUGACUUCCUUCUGAUCAAGUCCAAGGCAAAUGAAGGAAAACUCAACUACAAAGACCUCUGGAAUGUGUUGCAGCGCCUCCUACUUCCCAUCUGGCCAACUGACCGGACACACGUCAAGGGUCAACCAAUCGGCGAUGCAUGGCCUCUGCGCGCACUUUCGCAACAAACUGAUGCCGAGUCUAAGCCAUUCUCAAAUAUCCAACCUUUCCAUAAACUGACUCAGUGGUUGGCAUACUCUUUGAUGGUUCCAUUCUCCCGUUUACUCUCAGUUUCAUGGACUAAUACCGAGCUCGGCACCGGGUUGCCCGAAUAUCGCAAUGGUGGACUCUUUGUUGACAUGGGUGUUCUCGAAUUGAAGCCUGAGGCUUUGAAGCGCGGACUCGAUUUGUCAGGUGGUACUUUGCCUUCUUAUGGAGCAGGUGACGACGAGAUUGUGGAGUGGCGAGCUAUGACCGUUGCCCUUCUAGAUGUGCUGCAUGUGAAGAUUCUUGAACGACUUGGUGGUGUCAAGCUUUCUCUGCCUCAGGUGUUGGAGGCUGGCACUUGGAAGGCGGGACGUGAGCUUGCGGCGGCUAAUCGCCCCGAAACUAAGUCUAGUCCUAUCUUGAACUUUGGGGACGGUACUUUGUUUUAA